CCCCGCCCGGGGAGCGGCGGGAGCGAUCCCGAGCCCGAUCCCGUCCCGGUCCCGCUCCUAGUUCGGCCCCCGUCUCGGUCCCGGCCGUCCCAGUGGCCGCCAUGGCAGAGCAGGAGAGUUUGGAGUUCGGCAAAGCCGACUUCGUGCUGAUGGACGCCGUCACCAUGCCCGAGUUCAUGGCGAACCUCCGGCUGCGCUUCGAGAAGGGCCGGAUUUACACCUUUAUCGGGGAGGUGGUUGUUUCCAUGAACCCUUACAAGAACCUGAACAUCUACGGGCGGGACACGAUCGAGCAGUACAAGGGCAGGGAGCUCUACGAGAGGCCUCCCCACCUCUUUGCCAUCGCUGAUGCUGCUUACAAAGCCAUGAAGAGACGAUCCAAAGACACCUGCAUUGUCAUCUCAGGUGAAAGCGGGGCUGGGAAAACUGAGGCCAGUAAAUACAUAAUGCAGUACAUAGCAGCCAUCACCAACCCCGGGCAGAGGGCUGAGGUGGAGAGAGUGAAGAACAUCCUGCUGAAAUCCAACUGUGUGUUGGAGGCCUUUGGCAAUGCCAAAACAAACCGCAACGACAAUUCCAGCCGGUUUGGAAAGUACAUGGACAUCAACUUUGAUUUCAAGGGAGACCCCAUAGGUGGGCACAUCAAUAAUUACCUGCUAGAAAAGUCCCGUGUGAUCGUGCAGCAGCCCGGGGAACGAAGCUUCCACUCCUUCUACCAGCUCCUGCAGGGAGGUUCUGAGCAGCUCCUGCGUUCUCUGCACCUCCAGAAGGACACGUCAGCCUACAGCUACAUCUGCCCUGGGGCACAGCUCAAGUGUUCCAUCAAUGACGGGGCCGAGUUCAAGGCAGUCGCUGAUGCCAUGAAGGUGAUUGGCUUCAAGCAGGAGGAGAUUCAGACUGUCUACAAAAUCGUGGCAGCCAUUCUGCACCUGGGGAACCUGAAGUUCUGUGUGGAUGGAGACACUCCCAUCAUCGAGAACAGCAAGGUGGUGUCAGUCAUCGCUGACCUCCUGUCCACCAAGGCCGAGCUGGUGGAGAAGGCGCUGCUGUUCCGGACAGUGGCCACGGGCAGGGACGUCAUCGACAAACAGCACACGGAGCAGGAGGCCACCUAUGGCAGGGACGCCUUUGCAAAGGCCAUUUACGAGCGUCUCUUCUGCUGGAUUGUGACACACAUCAACGAUGUCAUUGAGGUGAAGAACUACGACACCACAGUGCAUGGCAAGAACACAGUCAUUGGGGUCCUGGAUAUCUAUGGCUUUGAGAUAUUUGACAAUAACAGUUUUGAACAAUUCUGCAUUAAUUACUGCAAUGAAAAGCUGCAGCAGCUCUUCAUUCAGCUGGUUCUAAAGCAGGAGCAGGAGGAGUACCAGCGAGAGGGAAUUCCCUGGAAGCAUAUUGAUUAUUUCAACAACCAGGUUAUUGUGGACCUGGUGGAACAGCAGCACAAAGGGAUCAUUGCCAUUCUGGACGAUGCCUGCAUGAACGUGGGGAAAGUCACAGAUGAGAUGUUCCUCGAGGCCCUCAACAGCAAACUGGGGAAGCACGCACACUUCUCCAGCAGGAAGCUUUGUGCCACGGACAAAACGCUGGAGUUCGACAGAGACUUCCGGAUCAAGCACUACGCUGGGGAUGUGAUUUACUCUGUCACUGGAUUCAUUGAUAAAAACAAAGACACUUUAUUUCAAGACUUCAAACGCCUUAUGUACAACAGCUCCAACCCUGUGUUGAAGAUGAUGUGGCCUGAAGGGAAACUGAGCAUCACUGAGGUCACCAAGAGACCUCUGACAGCUGCUACUCUGUUCAAGAACUCCAUGAUUGCACUGGUGGACAACCUGACACUGAAGGAACCCUACUACGUGCGCUGCAUCAAGCCCAACGACAAGAAGUCCCCGCAGCUCUUCGACGAGGAGCGGUGCCGGCACCAGGUCGAGUACCUGGGGCUGCUGGAGAACGUGCGGGUGCGCCGGGCCGGCUUCGCCUACCGCCAGACCUACGAGAAGUUCCUGCACAGGUACAAGAUGAUCUCUGAAUUCACUUGGCCCAACCAUGACCUCCCCUCAGACAAGGAGGCUGUGAGGAAGCUCAUUGAGUGCCACGGCUUCCAGCACGACGUGGCCUACGGCAAGACCAAGCUCUUCAUCCGCACGCCGCGGACUCUGUUCACCCUGGAGGAGCUGCACGCCAAGAUGCUCGUCAGGAUCGUCCUCUUCCUGCAGAAGGUGUGGAGGGGCACGCUGGCCCGGCUGCGCUACCGGCGGACGAGGGCGGCGCUGACCAUCGUGCGGCACUACCGGCGCCACAAGGUGCGCGCCUACCUGCGCGAGGUCCUGCGGCGCUUCCGCGACGUGCGGCUGCUGCCCGACCGCGGCCGCGGCGUCCCCUGGCCCACCCCGCCCAAGGUGCUGCUCCGCUUCGAGGAGGCUCUGCAGGACAUCUACCACAGGUGGAGAGCGGCCGAGCUCAUCCGGAGCGUGCCCCCCGAAGCGCUACCUCAGCUGAGGGCCAAGGUCGCUGCCAUGGAGCUGCUGAAGGGCCACAGGGCUGACAUUGGCCUCCAGAGAGCCUGGCAGGGGAACUACAUUGCAUUGAAACCAGACAGCCCCCAGAGCUCAGGCUCCUUCACCCCUGUGGCCAACGAGCUGAAGCGCAAGGACAAGUACAUGAACAUCCUCUUCUCCUGCCAUGUGCGCAAGGUGAAUCGCUUUAACAAGGUGGAGGACAGGGCCAUUUUCAUCACUGACAGACACCUGUACAAGAUGGACCCCAUGAAGCAGUACAAGGUGAUGAAGACCAUCCCGCUCUACAACCUGGUGGGGCUGAGUGUCUCCAAUGGGAAGGACCAGCUCGUGGUGUUCCACACCAAAGACAACAAGGAUCUCAUCGUUUGUCUCUUCAGCAAUGACCCCUCCAACGACAGCAGGAUCGGGGAGCUCGUGGGAGUCCUGGCCAGUCACUUCAAGAGGGAGAAGCGCGCCCUGCACGUCACUGUCACCAACCCGGUGCAGUGCAGCCUGCACGGCAGGAAAUGCACCGUGUCCGUGGAGACCAAGAUCAACCAAUCCCAACCGGAUUUCACCAAGCACCGCUCCGGCUUCGUCCUCUGCGUGCCGGGCAAUUAACGGCCCCUCCCCUCGGAGCGGGGCUGGGCUCGCCCUGCCCGCCCCGGGACUCGCCGGGAGAUGCUCAGCAGCGACUUGCCAGGUGCCUAAAGCAGCCUCUGAAGCUCAAGGUUUGGAAAACCCAAAUUCCGGGGGUUUAGAAAAGCCAAAUUCACAUGGAAUGAAGACCUAAAAUAGCCGGUGACCUGUUCUCCAUAUUACAAACCAGACUGGAAUAUCAGGAGAGUGCUUCCUUUGGAAUUAGUCUGAAAAAAAGAGUUUCUAGGUACUUCCACCCUUUCUUCCCUUUCCCACAUUGAUGCCUCACCCCCUCUCCAAUUUUCCCUUCCAUGUUCCUUUCCCUUGUGUCAGUUUUUGCAGUAUGAUGCAGCCUCCAGAGGAGGAACCAAAGAUACCCAGCUCAGGGAGUCAGGUUCUGUAGGGCCAAAUCCCCACGGAACCAGAGCCAGGCUGGGAAGGGAGGGCUGCCUUCCACACUCCACACUCCUCCAGCCCCUCCAGGCACAUGAGGCUGGGAAGGUACAUGGAGACACCUCCAGACCUGCUGCUUUCCCUCGGGAAUUCAUCAACCCAUCAAGGCACCUUGGCUGGACAGGGGACUUCCUAAUGCAGGGCCUGGUUUUGUUAAUCCUGCGUUGCUUUUUGCCUUAAUUACCCUCUCCAAGGGCCUGAAGCCGGUGGGUUCCCUCUGGGACCAUGUGGCCUUGCUGAAUUUUUAGAUGAUCCACGUGGCUUCGUGUCUGUGCCAGCGUUGGGGUUUGGGAGGGCUAAAGGGACCCACGGCAGGGGUGAGAACAGGGGGAGCUUUGGGGGGGCCAAGCUUUGCACUAUUCACCAUUAACCCGGCACAGCCCCAGCUGCCAGCGCCAGGCUCCUCCCUCCAAAGAGUUUUCUUGGCUCUUCCCAGCAGUGGGCUGUGGAUGUUGGGGUGUUGGGCUCAUCCUGCCCAGCCCAGAUAACCCCGAGCUCUGUCCUGAUGGAGGGACAUGGAUCUCCUCAGUGGUUUAUUCCCACUGUGCUGGGCACUGCUGUAGUUCCUGAGCAGCCCAGGCUGUUGGGAUUGUACAUUGGGAUUGUCCUGGCACUGCUGGUCAGGUCAGGAUUCCCAGUCCUGGAGGUGGGGGAGCUGUGUGGGGACCCCACCUCGGGGUCCCAGCCCAGCCAGCAAAUGGAGAGCACUUGUUAGAUGGAGCAUUUUGGGAAUUAGAAAGCCUGGAAGAGGCUCCUCACUCACAAAAGGUUUCCUGAAGCCGUGCCAUGGACAUGGGGCACGGGGACAGGUCGCUGCAGCCUUGGUGUCCCACUGCCACCCCCGAGACCAGGGAGGGACAGGGAUGUAGAGCAUGAAUGAACUGGGACAAGCCCAUGCAUGAGGAGGCCCCGUGCCAGAGCUCUCCCAUUCCCGUUGUCCCUGGCCUUGGACCAGCCCUGGGAGCAUCCCAGCACCCCCAGCCCCCAGUGCCCCUCUGAGGGUGCAGUUCUGGGAUGUCUGGAGGGUCCCCUUGGGCAGGGGCUCUUCCAGACGCCACAGCCCCGAGGCACCACCAGCGCUGGGCCAGGAGGUGACACGGCAGCCCCGACCCCGCCACGCUCACACAACACCCCGGGACCACCCCGGCACCUCCACGGACCCUCCAGCGCCUCCUUUCACCCCACAUCGGCUCCUCUGGAGGAGCAGCACCAAUGCCAAAGCCACGGGAUACCCUUGCCCUGCCAGGACGCUCCGAGGGAACGCCCGGCGUUGCUGUGCCUUUGGAUUUGCACUUCUCACCUUCCGUGUCCUGGUGCAAACGUCCCCUGCCCCGAGCGGGUGCUGGGGGUGGGAUCAGCACUUUUUUACCCUUGUCCCUCCAAAAGAAUGGCCAGAUGGAACUGGGGUGGAUGGCAACAAAUUGCAGGCUUGGGAAAUUUCUCCUACCGUGAGAUGGCAAUAUUGUGUGUGAUGAGAUGUGUCUUAUAAAAUGUAUUAUCUGUUCCUGCUCUGGUUUUAUAUAUAUAUAUAAAUAUAUAUAUAAAUAUAUAAAAUAUAUAUAUUCCUGGUUUUCCCAUAAAUUAACUAUUUCUGAAUUGAAACUUGGAUUCUCAGCCAGGGGCAAUAAUGCAAUGAACCCUUUUUUUUUUCUUUUUUAAAUAAAUCGCUGAUAUUUUAUGUGUAAAAGAGCAUUAAAAACCUACUAUAAUGGACCUGGAUUUUGUUUACAUAAUUCACUGUAAUAAAUAAUAAAAGAAAGCCAUUAGUUGCAUCCCA